GUGAGCAAAAACAUGUUUCUGAUGGCUCAGGCCGAUUACUGAUCAAGCUCACAAUUUUUGCAACGAGCCUCAAAAUCAACAUUCACAGCUACGUUUACUCAACUCAACUCGACCAAAAGCAGUAAACCCAGUUUGAACAGAACAUAACUAAAAACACGCACCAUGACGUCCAAGAUCGCCGAAGCAACGAUGGAAGAAUCCAAGGACUUGGAAGAAGGAUCCAUCGCUAGUAGCUCCUUUCACGAUGACGAUGAUUACGACGUCACCUCGAACCCUGGCGACAAUUCGGAGGAAAGUCGUGAUGAAGUGAAGGAAGUGGAGAAGGCCACUAGCUCGGAUACGCAUCGGUUGCGACUCUGGCGUAUUGUCGUUACGGUGGUGCUUCUCCUCACGGCUCUCGCUGUGACGCUCACCACCUACCAGCUUCUCCGGCGAGAACAGAAGCAGAGCUUCGAAACGGCGUACGACCAAUUCAGUCGCUCGGUAGCGGAUGCUGCCGUUGUCCAGCGUCGGGCCAUUGUGGAUUCCCUUCACGCCUAUGCCAGUUCCGUGUCGUUGGCCGCUGAAUCCACCAAUCAAACAUGGCCGUUUGUUCGCAUCCCCUUCUUUGAGGAAUAUGGCGCCAACUUUCUCCGAAUGUCCAACUCUGAAAUCUCCUCCUUCAUCCCUAUUGUGGACUUUGAAGAUGUAGAUGCUUAUCCCGAGUUUGUGGGUACCUUCUACGAAGAGCUGAUCAAGGAGUCGCACAUGCUUACAUAUGGGAGCUUGGAUAACCUGAUUGAAGAAGAUUACAAGGACUUUAUUUCCGGCGUCUCUCCCGAUGGUCUUGUGAAAGAUAAGGAGCGUGAGACCUACUUCCCUAUUCAGGUCAAUACCCCGCCCCCAAGAAACUACCGCAACGUCAAUUGGAACUUGGGCAGUGUCCCUCACUUUGGAGCUGUCAUGGAAAGUGUUCGUCGUCUCAAGACUGAAACCCUCACGACCAAGUCCACGACUUAUACGACUGCUGUGGGAGCCAUCUUGUCCAAGGAAGGCCACGAUGCCAUGCAUGAUCCUCUCCCCGAAGGAGAAAAGGAGCACCCGCAUACGUUUUACUUUUAUCCCAUUCAUCGUCGCAUUGCCGAUCCAGACUCGGAUGUGGUUGGAAUUGUGACGGGAGCUGUAGCUCUGGACCGCUCCAGUCGAAAUCUGCUCCCCGAUGGAGUGGAUGGGAUCGUUGUGGUCGUUCGCAAUAGUUGUGGCCAAGAGUUUACCUAUGAACUUCAGGGACGGGAUGCAAUCUACUUGGGAAGCGUCGACCGUCAUGAAGAGAAGUACAGUGACUUUGAGGUUGUGGUCGACAUGACUCUUCACGACAAUCCUGAGGCUUACACUGCCCCUGGUCAUUGCUUGUACACGUUGAGCAUCUACCCCAGUACCAAGUUUGAGCAGGCUUAUGACACCAACACCCCCGAAGUCUAUGCGGCUAUUGUGGCCGUUACCUUUGUCUGUGUUGCCAUUGUGUUCUAUGUUUACGACUUGUUGGUCCAACGUCGUAAUGAAAAGAUUGUCAUCAAUGCAGCCAAGUCCAAUGCGAUUGUGACACAAUUGUUUCCAGGCAAGAUGCGUGAUCAAGUCAUUGAACAGAAUGCAGGCACAAUUGGAGCCGCUCGCGGCAAAGCCAAUCUCAGAUCUUUUGUGGCGGGACAAAGUGAUGGGAUGUCCACUGACAAGCCACUGGCCGAACUCUACCUCGAAACGACCAUCCUUAUUGCUGACAUUAGCGGCUUUACUUCGUGGAGCUCUGUACGAGAGCCAUCUCAGGUAUUCACUUUGCUCGAAACUGUAUACAAGCACUUUGAUGAGGUCGCCCACAGACGAAGAGUGUUCAAAGUGGAGACCGUCGGGGAUUGCUACGUGGCCGCCACCGGGAUCCCAGAGCCAAGGAGGGAUCACACCGCUGUCAUGGUUCGAUUUGGCCACGACAUCAUCUCCGUCAUGGCGCGAGUUGUCAAGACGCUGGAACUGUCGCUGGGACCAGACACAAGCGAUUUGGCUCUUCGCGUCGGUGUCCAUACAGGACCGGUCACCGCGGGAGUUCUUCGCGGGGAACGGGCCAGGUUCCAACUUUUUGGCGACACUAUGAACACUUGCUCUCGCAUUGAGUCUACCGGUAUUCGCAACAGGGUCCAUCUUUCAAAAGAGGCCGCUGACGAGGUGAGGAAAUCUGGCAAAGAACACUGGCUGGAGCCCCGAGAGGGCAAGGUAUCUGCCAAGGGGAAGGGUGUUAUGGAGACGUACCUUGUCAAGAAGCAUCUGACCAGGAACUCAAAGAGCGUCGGAAGUAGCGACGCUGGUCUUCCUUCUGCCUGGGAUGCCGCUGGGGAUACGACCGAGAGAACCGAGCGUCUCAUCAGCUGGAAUGUGGAAACUCUCCUUGGGCUCUUGAAGCAAGUGGUCGCGAGAAGGGAGGCUCUCGCUGCUGCGGGCAGGCCUGUUGUGACUAUUUCGAAUGCGCAAAUCACACAGAUCAUGUCCGAGGUCAAACAGGAGACCUUUCUAGAAGAAGUGAAGGAGAUCAUCACCCUCCCAGACUACGAUAGCACCAUUGCGAAGUUUCAGAGAGACCCCGGCCAGGUCGAACUCCCCGAAAAAGUCGUGGAGCAGCUACGAUCCUACGUUGAGACGCUUGCAAGCAUGUAUCGCAACAAUUCUUUCCACUGCUUCGAGCAUGCUUCCCACGUUCUUCAGAGCGUUACCAAAUUGAUGUCCCGAAUUGUCGCUCCUUCGGAUUGGUCAACCGACAGCCAUGAUGCUCUCCACGAUCACACUUAUGGCAUCACAAGCGAUCCUUUAACUCAGUUCUCUUGCGCCUUGUCGGCCUUGAUUCACGACGUUGACCACGUGGGAGUCCCCAAUUCUCAGCUUAUCAAAGAGAAUGCCACAGUUUGCAGGCGCUACAAAAACCGCAGCCCAGCCGAGCAGAACUCGUUGCAAUUGAGCUGGGACUUGCUAAUGGAUCCAAAGUUUGAAGCCUUGCGCUCGACCAUUUGUUCCAGUAAGGACGAGGUGAUUCGCUUCCGCCAGCUGGUGGUCAACUCUGUCAUGGCAACCGACAUUGUGGACAAGGGCUUGAAAGAGCUGAGGAACGGUCGCUGGGACAAGGCCUUCAAAGAUUCAACCAGCAUGGCUAGCGACAAUGAGAAGAAUUCGGUGAACAGGAAGGCUACAAUUGUCAUUGAGCAUCUCAUUCAAGCUUCUGACGUUUCCCACACCAUGCAACACUGGAAUGUUUACCGCAAAUGGAACGAGAAUUUCUUCUUUGAGUGCUAUGGCGCAUACAAGGCUGGCCGCGCUGAAAGUGACCCUUCUGUGAACUGGUACAAGGGCGAAAUUGGCUUCUUUGACUUUUACAUUAUCCCUCUUGCCAAGAAGCUCAAGGAAUGCGGUGUGUUUGGAGUCAGCUCUGGAGAAUAUCUUGAUUAUGCGCAAAAGAAUCGAGAAGAGUGGGUGUUGAGGGGAGAAGAGGUUGUUGCGGAAAUGCUCCAGAAGUUCAAUGACGACGGGAUAGAUUGCUAGCUAGCUUGGUAGCUACGUAGCUUGUUUCUCAUGUUUACCGGGAUCCAUCCUCCUCCGAACUCCGAAUUCAACUUCCAGAUGAGUGCAUCGUUGACGGUUGUCUGGGGUCAGGCAAGCAAUCAUCACGACGUCUACUUGGGCAAAAAAUGUGAGGCGAGCUGUGAAUAAGAUGUGAGCAGCACCUGCGGGCCAUCGCGUGCUGGUACCGCUGUACCAGUACUGGUACGGGUAUCAGUACAGUACCCAUCGGGACUUGGGAGCACUUUUAAACUUUCGUGGUUUGAGUUGCUCUUAACGCUCCCAAAACUCAUAUUUAUGUAAUGUUUUAAUUGAUAUUUUAAGAAAGAUUUAUGCAC